UAUUCCGUAAAUAAAACCCUAUAUAAUGUAGUAAUUUAAAAAUAAGAUGUUUUAACCGAAUUAUAUUUGCUAUGAAGUGUUUUAAACCUCAUGCCGAUUAAAAGAAAAUAUUGCAGAUGAAAAGAGAAGCUUUUACUACGUAUUCACGUUCACGCUCCCUUCUAGCAUGAAAAUAAAACUAAAACCAACACCAGAAAAUUAUAUAUCGGCUGUUCUAGUGUGUUGAAUCGAAGCUAUUCAUGAUUGUGAUUAUCAGUCCAGAUUACAUCACGGCCGUGAUUCUGAAAGGGGUGGAAGUUAAAGCCAGCUAAACUGCAACUGGGGCAAAGCGUAUACUUACAAUUUUCUACGGCUAGAAAAAAAAACUUUAAUCAGUUCUACGAAUAGCAUGUUUGCAAUGAUGGACAACAAUGAUAAUGAGAACUAUUGCUACCAGAAGAAUGCCAGAGGUUCUUCCGGGGAUGCCAGCAAGGGAGCCAUCCCGAAGGCCACUGUUGUUAAGUAUCAAAACCAGUUUAACAAUAACAAUAACAAUGUGGCGGAACAGGAAAAUCUAAUGCCGCAUGUGAAUGGUGCCCAGUUGAAUCCGGAAUGCGGCGAACGGACCAGCAGUGAUCGGACUGAUUCUGACGACUUCUACACAGUUGAAACGACGAAUCAGCAAACCGUGGAAUCCGGAGAGGAUCGCCUGAACGGAAAACCGGAUGGUCUCUCAUUGCAGGAACCCUGCCCGGACGAUGAGCGACUAGCCAAUAAUGGAGCGGCCGCCGGUGCUGCGGAUUCCGAUGAAUGCGACUUAGACGGGGACUAUUCGGAUAACAACUCGCUUGGCAAUCUCUCGUACGUCAGUGAAAAUGGCUUAAUCGAGGAAAUCAUUUUGCUACCGAAUAAUAUUUACUCGGACGAUGAAAACGAAUCUGCCUCGGAUGACUGUAUUUACGCUUAUCGCGGCGAUGAUCAGGUGCCAGCUUUAUUAGACUUUCGAGAUCAACCAGCGGAUGACGAGACUGACUUUUUGGAAAUGGAUUUUGAUCCAGAACCUAGUUCCGAGCUGGAAAAUCUACUGGAACACCAGGAAAUAGACGCUGAUGCAUUUAAAUCCUCGCGAACCAUAGACCGAAUCUCACUCCAGGAGGUGGAUAAGAUAAAUACGGGUUUGAAAUCCUCGAGUUUUGAAUUGGAUAAUUCACCACGAAGACAGGAAGAACCACCGGAUGAAGCGGAUAGCGCCAAAGCUUUCAAUACGAGCGCACCGAUGGAAGUGAAAAAUACCGGCGCAAUACCUAAAAAGUUACAACAGCAGUCUUCCGUGGAUAGCGAGUUGGCUGGAUCAAGUUCACGAUCGUCAUCAAAAAGUAAUUCAAAAAAUUUAAAACUGGAUUUGAAAUUAUGUACCGACAAUAGCAACUGUGAACUGGACUAUCGAUUCGGUUUUCAAUACUAUGACCGCAAAAAGUACUCCACGGAUCGGGACGAGGAAACGAGCUGUCUCGAUUGCACAGAAAAACAAUUCCUAAUGCAAACUAAGCAGGAUCUUAGCUCACAACGGGUAUGCCGAUCGUGUUAUCACCGUAAUCUUAACCACGGAGGAGCACCGCCCGCCGAUGGUGAUUGCUACAAAGAGAUGGGUCAGUCAUUAAAUUCCAGUAACUCCGAAACAGAUUUGAUGAGCAUCCGAGCGGAGCAAAUUGUGCUGCAAGCGUUAAACAAAAUCAAUGAAUUAAAAGCUACUCCACCCAGUGUUGGUCUGUCCCGAAGUAUGGAGGAACUGUGCGUCGAUCUUGAAGCAGACCGGAAAAAUCAGGAAAUGGCAGCCAAUUUCAUGCAAGAGAUUUACUCCGAAAAUACAAUAACAAUAUACACCCUUAACUGUGGAGAACUAACGAUAAUUGAAGCUUUGACUCGUAUUGGUGUUGCACCGAAUUUGGACAUCCUUCGAUUGUAUUUUGCCGAACAGUAUAACGUAGACACUAGCAAAAUGAAUAUACCGCAAUAUCUUUUGCAUAUGUCGAAACGCGACUGCAACAUAAAGAAAUUGAUUGAGGCCAUUAAAUCGUGCUGUGAUGAACCAUUAGACGUGCAGUAUUAUCCGCUGGAUCCGCUGUCGGACACUCCUGAACUGGUGCAGAUCAACUCGUCUGAAAUCGCCAAGCGAUGGAAUGAGAACACCAAUUUGAGGCAGAUUAUCAACUUUAAGCAUAGAUACUUCGACACGCUAAAUGUGCUUGGCAAAGUCGUCAAUAUUCUUAGACUGCCUCACAGAGGAAGACACGCCAAUUUGACGAUUAACAUCCCCCAGUUUUAUAAAAGUGGAUCCAUAACGAUAACAAGGAUUACCUGAACCAUUGCCAGGUCGCUACUACGUUCUAUACUUUAUUUUUCUGCCAUACUCUCUUUCUAUCUCUCUUAACAGAAAUAAUAACACUUAACAAAACAAAACGAAGUAACAGAAGAUUCUCAAUUAGUUAGACAUCUGGUUUAUAUUUUAUGAUAGUAAAGUGGCACAAAGUUCGUUGCGUACAGCCGAUCAUUUAAUUCGAGUUUUGUUGAGCUAACUUGCAACAGAAAAACCUGCUACAUGUACAUUAACUGACCAUGUAUAAUAUGUUACGAUUGUGUAAAUAUAGAUCGCUUAUUUAUUAUCUAUAUUAUAUUGUGCUACGAUUAGCAAAACGCAUAUCCUUGUUAGCAAGUAUCUACACCUGAAAGGAAUAUUUAGUUAUAGCUUUAGAAACAAUCUAACAGGUUGUUAUCGGUGUAUCAAGUUUAGUAUGGCAAAGGAUAUGACAUUUUACAAUAAAAAAAGGUGUACAGGCUAUAUCGGGCGUUACGGAGAUAUAUGACAAAACGCUAUUUGCUACCAAAACAGUAGAUUAACAGCUCAAAGUGAAAACAGUGCAGUUUGUGAACAGAUAUUUACUAAUAAUGAGCCAGGCUAGUGUAUUGACUGGAAGCAUUCAUUAUACAUCUUUAUACAGAAAAGAAACCCUGUUAUUACACGAACACCCUCUACGAUAAAUAUUACUAAGAAGUAACAUUUCAAUAAAGCUAAUA